UACCGCCGCGCCGGGAUCUUCCCUUGGGGCCGCGUCGCGCAGACGGGCCCAGACGGGGAGCGCGUCGUGUCCGCUCGGGCCAUCAAGCACGUGGACGAGCUCGCGGCUCUGGCGCAGAAGCGGUCGGCGCCCGUGAGGUGGAUGCCGCUGCUGCUCUUCAUGGUCGUGCGGGGCGACCCGUGCUGCCAAGACAGGGACGAAGAGACCAGCUUCCACACCGGCGAGCAAGCGGCGCGUCAGCGCCAGAACAUCUCCGAGAUAGCCGAAGGACCUCGCCCCAGCGCCGCGCGGCAGGAUUUCUCGCGGCCGCGGCCCCAGAGCGCGGCCCUCCGCUCCGGGGGGUUCUGGGACAUCGACUUUCCCGCGGGGCGCCCAGCAGCAGACGGAGGGGAUCGACCAGCGUUGAUACGGGCGCACACGGGCCACCUCUGAGAGCCAGCGAGCGGCCGCGGAGCGCCGAGGCCGCGCGCCGGUGCCUGCCGAUCACGCACCGUGUCGGCCACGGCAGCCGGCAGCGGGUCGGGCGGCUCGGAUGGAAGAGGGAACAAUCCGAGACGCAACGGACAUGAAUAUCAGUCUUGCCCGCGAGCGCGCGGGAGAGGGAACCGCGAGAGCCCCACCAGCAGGGCGUAGGCCGCGGCACGAGUUUGCAGAAUUCGAUGGUGUUCGGUUUGCGCGCACGCGCCGCCAGGCGCGGGGUUGUAGGUUGUAGUCGAGGGCAUUGCGGGGGAGGGUGCCAGCUACGGCGCGCAACGUCCUCGUGAGCAA